AUGGUUACCAAACUGAUUUUAAGUCGGUCGAAACCAGCGAACGAUAAUCGAGGCCAUGUUAAUAGUUCUGGUAAAAAAGCAACUUUUCCAGAACUUGAAGACUUCAUUUUAAAAAGGGACUAUACGGGAGCAAUAACCAUGCUCGGGUUUCUAAAACAUGACGGCAAUACAGACGUGUGGAUAAAAGUGUGGACAGCAUGGUGCUGGUUCCACCUCGGCGAAUAUAAACGAGCUCUAGAUGAAUAUCUUGAAAUUAAAAAAAAUGAAAACCUUACCUCUAACGUAGCUGACAAUAUCGCAUUAGAUCUUGCUGUUUGCUAUUUCUAUUUAGGUAUGUAUAAGGAAUCCCAAGAUGCUGUAGAAGACGCACCAAACUGUCCUCUGAAGUGUCGGCUGCAAUUUCAUUUGGCACAUAAAUUGGGUGACGAAGAUACAUUGAUGCAAGCUCAUGCAAAACUUCGCGAUGUACCGGAAGACCAGCUUAGCUUGGCCUCUGUACACUAUCUCCGCGCCCAUUAUCAGGAGGCCAUUGAUGUUUAUAAAAAAUUGCUUCUGGACAGACGUUAUAAAAGAUACCAGACUGACGAAACGGAUUGGGUGAAGAUGUUGUUCCAUGUCCCUAGCACGUACAUGGCGCUUAACGUGUAUGUUGCGCUGUGCUACUAUAAGCUGGACUACUACGACGUGUCGCAAGAAGUCCUCGGCGUGUAUCUGGCGCAACAUCCCACAUCGACUGUCGCUGGAAAUCUUAAAGCCUGCAACCUGUUCAGAUUAUACAACGGUAAAGCAGCUGAAAAUGAUUUGAAACAAAUAUCAUCCGAACAGCACACUUUUGGACAAGAUCUCGUCAAACACAAUUUGGUUGUGUUCAGAAAUGGAGAAGGAGCUUUAAAAGUACUACCAGAACUAGUAGACGUGGUACCGGAAGCUCGUUUAAAUCUAGCUGGAUAUCGGCUGCGUCACCGCGAACCAUUAGAGGCUCGUGAACUACUGGAACCCUUACAGCCGACGUCGCCAUUGCACUACAUACUCAGAGCUGUAGUCGCAGUGCGCCUUUAUAAUGAAACUAGUGAUGAGGAACAAAUGAAGUUAGCGCAACAAAGUUUCCAUGUAGUUGGCAGUUCAGCGUCUGAAUGUGACACUAUACCUGGCCGCCAGUGCAUGGCCUCAUCCUACUUUCUCGCCGGCCAGUUCGAGGAAGUUCUUGUAUAUCUCAACUCAAUCAAGAGCUUUUUUGUCAACGAUGAUACAUUCAACUUUAAUUAUGCUCAGGCAAAAGUGGCGUCCGGCUUUUACCGUGAGGCAGAGGAAUGCCUGCUGACUAUCCAAGAUGAAACCAUACGCAACUCGUUUACAUAUCUAGCCUGUCUAUGUCGCUGUCAUGUUAUGAAUAAGGAAGCUCAUCUCGCCUGGGAGAUUUGUGUUAAGGCUGCAGGAACGCCCGACAGUUUCGCUCUUCUGCAGUUGGUCGCAAACGACAGCUAUCGCAUGGGACAAUUCCUAGUAGCGGCCAAAGCGUUUCAUAUGCUGGAUAGGUUAGACGGUGGUCCAGAAAUGUGGGAGGGUUUACGCGGCGCGGUGUGUGGCUGUGCUCAGGCCGUGGCGGCGGGCGCGCCGGCGGCACAAUUGCGCGACGCGCUGGCGCUCUUGCGCGGACCGCGGGCACAUCCGCGUGCAGAACAGAUUGCCAGGCCCAUCGCUAGAUGGGCGCAACAGAACAGGAUACCUGUGUGA